AAUUAAAAACCUGUUUCGGUGUUAUUGGCAUGAUUCACUUGAUCUUGUUGGUGUUUUUAAUGUGCUUUUGAAGAAAAAUAUUAUUUGAUAGAAUUCCGCCAGAACAGGUGAACCCGGAAGUGAUCCUGAUAGGGACGAGAGGCGACUUCGUCCUAUUCCGCGGUGUGUGUCGUUCCUAUGUCGACCAUUUGACACUACUUCGUCCCUUUUUACUGUUUUUACUUUUCCAAAUGCAACAUGUGUUUCUUCCUAGCAAGCUACGCCACAUGUACGGGCUAUUGGGCGCAUUUGAUUGACUUCCGUCUCAAUUUGUGAACUACUUUGCGACGUCAAAAAAGGCGGGCUCGUCUUCUUCCGCGUUCUUUAUCGCUGCUAUGACGACCAUUCCAAACGAUGCCCUGGGCGGCGAAGUUCCCAUCAAGUUACAACUGCCAUGUCGGCCCCACCGGAGCACAGCUACGACGUUUCCAACGAUGCCCUGACCGUGUUCAGCGGCUCCUCUCCGGAGGACGUGUCCCACGCCCGGCAGCUGUGGAACUCCUUGUGCAUGCCCACGCCGUUCGAGUCCCGACUGGUGUCGGCGGACAUCCCGCAAAGGUUGCCCGUGUCUCGGCCAGAGCGUAGCGGCCACUCGGAACCGCGCCGCAUCGAGCCGCCCAACCUGAACGCCGCGCAGCAGCGGGAGGAGGAGAGGAAGCGCUACCUGGCCAUGGCCGCCCAGAGAAAAGAGACGCUGGCCCUGCUUCGGCGCCAGAGGGAGCAGAGGAUCCAGAAGGAACUGCUCUCUGCGGCCUUCAAACCCAAAACCCCUCGAGACAAGGCGCCGAAAGACAACACGAACGAGCUGGAGAUGGAAAAGGAGAUGGUUAGUCAGCUGGACUGAACCGCGCAGGUCAGACGCCCUGAACGCAACGUACGACGCUUUCUACUUUAAUUAAUAACCUUGAUGCCAGGACGCACCAUACCACACUAAAGUCAACAAGAAUACAGUACAAUGAUUUCCUGAACGCACCACCAAAACUAUGUUUUUGGAAUAGGCCGAAGCACCAUAUGACAUACUUGGAGGCCCUGAACGCACCGCAUCGCACGAGUCAACAGUAUAGGCUAGGGAAAAAUACGUACUGGAAGACCUGAACGCACUAUUAAACACUUUCAAGUCUUUAAAGGAAACUAAAAAUUAGCUCAUUAUUACUCUAACAAGUCUUUAGUGAAUAUGAUUGAAGUUUUAAAGGAAUAAUACAAACCCUACGCACAACCUUUUGAUUGUCUGCUACCACUGAAUAUGAAAAUGAACCUUUAUACUUGAUUUUUGACAUCAAUAAAAAUUCAUGACUUAAUA